CCUCGUGCCCGUCGGGUCUACCCCCUCCCGCCUUGAGCGCGCGCACUUUCAGUUAUUGUUUCAGCGGAGCUCAGCUAAAGGAGGCUAAUCGUAAACACUGGAAGAACGACGGCUGCUUAACUGCGUUAAGUGUUCGUAUUAAUUGCGGGAAUGGCAGCAAUCAGAAAAAAACUGGUAAUUGUUGGGGAUGGUGCAUGUGGGAAGACCUGUUUGCUCAUCGUCUUCAGUAAAGACCAGUUCCCUGAAGUGUAUGUGCCCACGGUCUUCGAGAACUAUGUGGCCGACAUCGAGGUGGAUGGCAAACAGGUGGAACUGGCACUAUGGGAUACAGCAGGACAAGAGGACUAUGACCGGCUUCGUCCCCUCUCAUACCCUGACACUGAUGUAAUCCUUAUGUGCUUCUCUAUUGACAGUCCUGACAGCUUAGAAAACAUCCCAGAGAAGUGGACUCCUGAAGUAAAGCAUUUCUGUCCCAAUGUUCCAAUCAUUCUUGUGGGCAACAAGAAGGACCUGCGUAAUGAUGAACAUACUCGCCGUGAGCUGAAUAAGAUGAAGCAGGAGCCUGUAAAACCUGAAGAAGGCAGAGACAUGGCAAACCGGAUCAGUGCUUUUGGUUACAUGGAAUGUUCUGCGAAGACCACGGAAGGUGUGCGAGAAGUGUUUGAAAUGGCCACCAGAGCAGCACUGCAGGCACGGAGAGGAAAGAAGAGCAGCAAAUGCCUUCUUUUGUAGGCAACUGUGGAAGAACUGCUACAAGGGGUGGGGGGGGGUAGCUGAUGUCAUUGGGUCAUAAAUGGUGUUGGAGGGGGGGGGGUCACAGCUGGAGGCACAAGUCAGCCUCACACCCCAUCCUUCUCCCAUCCCUGUCUGCCCACUACCUGCUGGGGCUCGCCUUCCCCAAGCAGAUUGCAGAACAACUUUAAAAAAAAAAAACAUUAUGCUUAUGUCUUUCAGUAUUUAAGAGGUUACCUGGAUGAAGUUGAGACUUUUUUUUGUACUUUACCUGUGAAUGCAUCUGCCAUACCCCCCACUGGCCUGUCUGCCAAACAUUUUCGUUCCUAAUGGUCCUUGGGAAUCUCCAAUCGGCAUUGUGCUCCCGCGAUGUGCAGCAAGAGUUUUUUUUUAUUAUCUUGGAGUCUAUAUAAGACUUUUUAAGGAAAACUGUUUGAUAGAUUAAAUAAAGCAAUGGGGCUUAACUGACAGGGAAAUAUGCUAAAUGAUAUUGUUUACGUCUACAGAUAUAUUCAUUUAAACACACAGACUGGUCCUAGCAUAUACUCAUGUGUACACAUGGACACGACUGGAAACUUUAUACAAAGCAGAGGUGUAAUAAAUUGCUUUUGAAUUCUCUGAAAUUGUAUGCUAGUUUGGUUAGCAGCCCAGUUCAGCGGGCUUAGUUCUAGGGUUGGUGGUUUAUGAGUUGUUGGUACAUGUCCCAGGAUGGGCUGGUGCCGCUGUACCCGAUUAUGAUCUGCAGACAUAAACAAAAGUAAGUUUUGAUUGAAACCUUGAUAAAUUUCUACAAAGGUAAUUAAAACAACUGAAUAAAAGGAAAAUCCACCAA